AUUCAAAUUAGUGAACCCGAGAACCACGGACAAGAGGGUUCCGCGAAUGAAGUGCGUGCGUCGAUAAAUCUAUCCCUGCUGCCCAGCCUGGCCUGGCAUCUUGGCUCUAUGAUAUCCAGAUGCAGGAACCGCAUUCAAAUUAGUAGGACUGGGGACCUCGGACAAGAGGGCUCCGCGGGUGCAGUGCAUGCGUCAAUAAAGGUAUCCGCGUUGCCUAUCAUACCUGGGAGCUGGACCCCAUAAUAUCCAGCACCCCAGGUUCCAGCAGUUUAAAUUAACUGUACACACAAAACCCCAUUGAACUUUUGCAAGAUGGUGAAGUCAGUGCUCUUGAGCUUCCUCUUCACGGCUAGCGCCACUGCACUAAACAAUGGAGUGGGAAAGCUUCCCAAGCUUGGUUUCAGCACUUGGAAUGUAUUCCAAUGCGACUACGAUGCCGACAUGAUACUCAGCCAGGCCCAAGCCCUGGUUGACCACGGCCUCGUCGAGGCGGGAUAUGACACCAUGAUGAUUGAUGACUGUUACAGCUUGAAAGAACGGGAUUCGUGCGGGAAAAUCGUGGCAGAUCCCAAGAAGUUCCCCAACGGCAUGAGGAACUUGACUGAUACCCUGAAAGCCAUGGGCCUUCAGGCGGGAAUCUACAGCGAUGCAGGAUACAAAACCUGCGGUGGCUACCCCGGCUCGUACGGACACGAGGCACAAGAUCUCAAGACAUUUGAUGAAUGGGGCUUUCAUUAUCUCAAGUACGACAAUUGCUUCAUACCGUUCGACAACGUGACCCAGGAGAAUGGGUAUGGGCGGUACAAACGCAUGGCCGACGCAAUCGAGGAGCGCGCGAAAGGCGCAAACUCAACCCUCUUCCAGCUCGCCCUCUGCCAGUGGGGAUGGCAGCAGCCGUGGACGUGGGCUGGCCGGUUGGGGCAGUCGUGGCGAGUAGGCGGAGACAUUCGCCCCUGGUGGUCCGCCCUAGCUGGCAUCAUCAACCAGGCUAGCUUCAUCGCCACCGAGACGGACUUCUACAGCCGGAACGACUUUGACAUGCUGGAAGUCGGCAAUACGGAUCAAGGAACUCCGCCAGGCAACUUGACGUUCGACGAGGCUAAGAGUCACUUCACAGCCUGGGCUCUCCUCAAGUCGCCCCUGCUCAUCGGGUCCGAUUUGACAAAUGCGUCGCCGGAGACCGUGGAGAUUCUUGGAAACAAGGACAUCCUUAAGAUCAGUCAGGACCCUAAUGUGGGUGAAUCGAUUGCACCUUUCCGCUGGGGUCUCAAUCCUGACUACACCUUUGAUCCGGUUCACCCCGCAGCCUAUUGGACUGGAAACUCGUCUUACGGAGUUGUAUUCAUGGUUUUGAACUCGCUUGAUACGCCCCAGGAGAUGUCCUUCAACCUGACUGAGAGCUGGGCUAUUCGGGCUGGUCGGGUUUACUCAGUCUACGACAUGUGGUCGCACACUGAGAACGGCACUGUCAUGAGAGACAUGUCAUUCACGCUGCCGCCACAUGGCGUUGCCGCUCUCCUGCUGAACGACGCUGGUCCCGAGCCGGCGGGCAUGGAGCCAUAUUGCGCUGGGUAUUGGCAGUGCAGUUUCCCAAACGGAACUUACUAUAGUAACUAGACUCCUCUAUGUAAUAUGGGUUCAAACCUAGGAUAGGCAAGCUAAAUGCUAAAGUAAUAUCUAUUGG